AUGUACCAUUUAUCGUUCCGGGCACGUUCUCGGAAGAGCCGGGUGGAUAGGCUCUCCGAGUACAGCGUGGCGCAGCGUGGCGCAGCCGAGUUGCGAAGAUUCACGAGUCACGGUAGGAACUACUACCAGCACGGGGGGUGUCUGGUUCUGGGUUCUGGGUUCUGGCAUGAGGUAGCACUCGGAAGCUGGGAAUUGGAACGUAACCAUCCCAAAACCUUCCUCCCCUGCGGCUUCCGGCCCCCUCUGCCCCCGCACCCCCCGUGGGAUUCCCCAGAUACUCAAUGUCUCUACCGAAACCACCGCGGCGAGCUCCAGCCUCCGGCACUUCCAAGUUUCCAAGUUUCCAAGUUUCCAAGCGCCUGUCGAGUGAUGCCACCCGUAGCUUCCGCGCGCAGCGUGGGCACACCCCCGUCCGCACGACUCAUCGAGAUCUCGCCCAGGAAAUUGCCAACAGUCAUGCUUGCCACAGGCGCCGAGCGCGUGUCGAUCACCAGUGCCGUCGGUAGGCUGGCGGGUGCUUUGGGGGCUGUGAUUAUUGGCGAGGGUGCGGGGGAGAAGGAGGAGAGCGAGGAGGAGCAGCAGGGGGAAGAGGGGGUGAGGGAGGAGCAUUGUUGGAAAGAGGUUGGAGGGGUAGGAGAGACGUGGGUGGUGAUGGAGGUGGAGAUGGAGGAGUUGAAGCCUGUGGGAGAGAGGGAUAAGUAA